AUCUGUUUUGAUUACAGUUCUGCAGCUUCUGCUGGUAAGUACUGAAAAGGGAGAAAACUAAAAUUACGUUUUUACUGAAAGAUAUUUAUACAAAUGGCAGCUGGGUGGGGGGGGGGGGUGUUAUAGCUGCAGCUAAAGUAAUUCAGUGAAUGUCCGUAUGAUAUUGGAAUAACUUUUUCCGUUUCGUUUCUUGGUGCAGUCAUGAUGUGGUCUGUUCCUUUAAUAUUGUGCUUGAUUUCAUUAGUGGUGAAUGUAGGUGAGUGGAUUUAUGAGGCUUUCUAUAUUUGUAUUAUUUUUGUAUUUAACAUGGCUUUAGGUGAACUGUUUAGACAUGUAUUUGAUUUGUCAGUGAGUAACUGUGUGUGUGUGUGUGUGUGUGUGUGUGUGCGCGCGCGCACGCGGGAUGGAUGUUAGGGCCUUCAUUCUCUUCUUGCAAUACCAGUGUGAGUGUUAAGGAUUUGGGCUGCCAGAUGAACUGGAGCUGUUCUGAUGUCACCAGCACCAUGACCUUCACUGUCCAGACAAAGGUUCAAGGGUUCGACUGGGAGAACGUCUCUCAGUGUGUCCAGAUCACCUCCAGUAGUUGUGAUCUUUCUCAGGUCUUCACUGAUUUUGAGCUCUACAAGUUUGUCAGACUGGAACUGAACCAUGGACAUGGGAAAAUAAUUUGGAAUUCAACUGGGCUUUGUGACCCACUCAAAGAAUUGAAUCCGAAAUUUAGCCCCCCCUCACUGUCCCUCUCUCUGAAAGAGCAGCAGCUCCAGGUGGAGGUGAUAUUUCCAUGUGCUCCUUACGCUAUCUGUCAGACUGAGAGACCGGUGACGGAUGAUAAUUUGGAAAAACCAACAUGCUGUCCUCUAACUGAUUACCUGCCACUGAACACCACAGUGACUCUUUAUAAUAAAAAUGAUCGGAAUGAUAUUCAGACUCUCACCGAGGUAGUAGAUGGUAGUCCAUGUAUGAUGAACUUUGAUGAGUUCACUCCGGGUCAGGAGUAUUGUGCUGUGGCUCACUUUGAAUCCUCUCCCCUCUCUAAGCCACAGUGUGUCCAUAUCCCUCAGGAAUACCCAAACCUUUUCAUCCAGGUCCUGUGUGGUGUCUUGGUUGCUUUUCUUCUCAUUAUGGGAUUUGUGCUGAGAAGAUGGUGCUGUUUGUGUGCUUCAACCGACCUCAGACUCCCUAAAUCUCUGAUGUCUCUUCAGAUUCAGGAUUCAGAGGGUUCUGUUGUGGAUGAACCCAGACAGGCAGACUUUGAAGAAGAGGAGUCUGUUGUCCAUCUCUCUAUAAUCUCUCUUAAUGACAUGCUUCCUUCUAACCCCCACUCAUUUUAUCCACACUUCCACUGUCUUGGGGAUCAAUAUUACAGUACUGCCAUUAUGCCUGACCGGUUUUGUGAUGGAAAUGACACUAAUUACUACUCCAGAGAUGUUGAAAAAGAUGGUGUUGCAGAUUGUACAUCUCCAAAUCACUAUCCAUGGCCACGCUGGUCAUCCCUCCCUGCUCUUAGAACAGGGAUGGUAUGUUUGUUGGGUAACUUUCUUCCAUCUGAGUUCUCAAUGAUUCCUUUAAGCUCGGUCAGAGUAGCUGAAGAACAGAUAGUUAAGAUGGAGUCGGAUCAUUCUUUCACAGUACUUCCAAACACGUAUAGCGACAGAGAUUCAUCUUCGGUUAUCUGCUGACUCGAUCCAAGCCAUUUUGUUUGGUAGUUGUAUUUUAUACCCAUUUCUAAUUUAUGAUGUAUAUGGAACAGUGACAUUCAAGAUCCAAGAAUUUGUUAACAGAUUUUACCAAACAGCAGAUAGCCCACACUUUUGCUCUUUUCCAGCAUCCAAUUUAUAAGACCUGGUACUGUUGAAAGUUAUAGACGAUUGUGAAGUCAUAAUGUGCAUGUACACAGAACAGAUUAUCUUCUAUCAUCUCUACAACAACCUUUAUUUUUUUAAAGGCAAGUUAAUUUGCUCGAAAAUGCAGCUUAUCCGAGACUGGAAACUGGUCUGUCCUUGUUAGUGCUGUCCGUGUCAGUAAGGUCAUCUACUACAAACUUGCAUAUGGAAUCAUUUUGCCACCUCAGUAUACUUUAUUUUAUGUAUGAAUAAAUCAGAAGGAAAGGCCGUCAAUCUGUUGAUGAAGCUAAUGCAAUCCAAAGUUUGUGUUGAUUUUGGGAGACAACCAUACAGCAGUGUGACUCAUUUCAGAAGGUUGUUAUAAAUCCUCAACUAUUGGCUUUACCUCCUGUGGACUCUCUUCUGCACAAAUAUUGUGUAUGGGGGUCAUGGGUGGUUGUGGCAGGCACACACACGCACACACAGCUUAGGCAGCCUGCUAUAGGUUUUUUUCCCCUCUCGCUGACUCACUGUUGCCUGUCCUGGCUCAGAAUUUCAUGGACAGCAACUCAAAAUUCACUGCCUUACUGUGCACUUUAUGCUGAUGCUGUAUUUUUCUAGAAGUAUUGCAAACCAAAAUUAGGCUCUAAGGAACAGUGGUGACUUUCGGGUAAAUCUUGUUACUGUGUACAGCUUUAAUUGUAACGACUUUCACCCGUUUCAUCCAUCUUAUUGAGUUUAAGCUGGUGUCUGUUUGAUUUAUGCUAAGUAAACCAGAGGAAAAGAGGUGCAGCCAUUUCAUUGCUCUGUAGAUUUUUUUUUUUUUAUUUUGUGUGCAUGUAUGAUUCUAAUGAAUUCUGUAGUACAUAUUUUCUUUAUCACAAAAAAUAUAGAUGCAGGGUUUCAUUGCUGUAGUUUUAAAUGUCAA